GCCCCAGUUCAUUGAAACCUUGGCCGUAGGUCCUGUUUCAAAGGAAGAGAUAGGAGGGAAAAAGAAAUGGCCCUAGGGGUUACAGAAUAGCAGAGACAGGAAGGCGGAACACUGAGAGUCUGGGACGUUUCUCCUUGCAUUGGGGGUGGGGAGCGAAUCCACGCCCCUUGAUUGAGAGGGACGAAAUGUGACAGUGGCCAGAUGAGGAUCUGGGGUGGUGGUGUGUGAGGUCACAGCGAGCUCGAGAGCCUUCACUGGGUGUACGCGCUUGUAAGUAGGGGGAUGGCAGUUUAAAGGGUCAAGGAGCCCCUCGCUGCAGGCAGGAUUGUCUCGCAGAGCAUGUAGGAUCUUUGUAGGCAGGGCAAAGAACGAGAAUCCAGAGAACUCAAACCAUUUUUUAUUAGGAUGGGGGAAGGGUAGGCAAGAAACCCAUGCAGGGGAACUUGAGAGAGUCACGUAAGGCAAAUUGAAUCUCCUGUGUUAGGGAAACGUCAAAUAUUUCGGUGAGAGCUCACUCAGUACUUAGCACUGCUCUAAAUUCUGGGUCGGGGUGUAAACAGUCCAGCCUUAGGAGUUCCCACCAGUGUUGGGGAGCGAAGUCCCACGCACACAUCGAAGUACUACGAAGUUACAGAGCCUCUUUUGAUUCUGAAAGAAAUACUUGGCAACAAAUAUGACUGAGUUCUGGCUUAUAUCUGCUCCUGGGGAGAAAACAUGUCAGCAAACAUGGGAGAAAUUGCACGCAGCAACCACAAAGAACAAUAAUCUUGCAAUUACUUCAAAAUUUAACAUUCCUGACUUAAAGGUUGGCACACUGGAUGUCUUGGUUGGUUUGUCGGAUGAACUGGCUAAACUGGAUGCGUUUGUAGAAGGGGUGGUUAAGAAAGUGGCUCAGUAUAUGGCUGAUGUAUUGGAAGAUAGUAAAGAUAAAGUUCAGGAGAAUCUGUUGGCCAAUGGAGUUGACUUGGUUACUUAUAUAACAAGGUUUCAGUGGGACAUGGCUAAAUAUCCAAUCAAGCAGUCCCUGAAAAAUAUUUCUGAAAUAAUUGCCAAGGGAGUGACUCAGAUUGACAAUGACCUGAAGUCUAGAGCUUCUGCAUAUAACAACUUGAAAGGGAAUCUUCAGAAUUUGGAGCGGAAGAAUGCAGGAAGUUUGCUAACUAGAAGUUUAGCAGAAAUUGUGAAGAAGGAUGACUUUGUUCUUGAUUCAGAAUAUCUCGUCACAUUACUAGUCGUGGUUCCCAAGUUAAACCACAAUGACUGGAUUAAGCAGUAUGAAACACUAGCUGAAAUGGUAGUUCCAAGGUCUAGCAAUGUACUCUCGGAGGACCAAGACAGCUACCUUUGCAACGUCACCUUGUUCAGGAAGGCAGUUGAUGACUUCAGACACAAAGCCAGGGAAAACAAAUUCAUCGUUCGUGACUUCCAGUAUAAUGAAGAGGAAAUGAAAGCAGACAAAGAAGAAAUGAACAGGCUCUCUACUGACAAGAAAAAGCAGUUUGGACCACUUGUGCGGUGGCUGAAAGUAAAUUUCAGUGAGGCGUUUAUUGCGUGGAUUCAUGUGAAAGCGUUGAGAGUUUUUGUUGAGUCUGUUUUAAGGUAUGGCUUGCCUGUGAACUUCCAAGCAAUGCUCCUCCAGCCCAAUAAGAAAACAAUGAAGAAACUAAGAGAAGUAUUGUAUGAAUUGUAUAAACAUCUAGACAGCAGUGCGGCAGCCAUCAUAGAUGCUCCAAUGGAUAUUCCAGGCUUAAACCUGAGUCAACAGGAAUACUACCCAUAUGUGUACUACAAGAUUGAUUGCAACUUGCUGGAAUUCAAGUAAAAAUGAGCUCCUUCCCGGACAAUCCUGUCCUUGUGCUGGUGUAGCCUAACAGAAAUCGGUUCCGUAUGACAGUCCUUUUAACUCUCUGUUGUCCUUUGCUUGCUCUGACCCCCUUCCUAGGUGAGUUCUUCCAUAGUGGUCCGUUUCUUAAUUCUUUGUCAAGGAAGAUAGAUGUCUUAUUUCUUUCUAUUGAUCAGGUCUGUAAAUGUGUACUAAAAUCAUCAGAGUUUAUUUAUAAACAGAAUAGUUUAUUUAAAGAAAAGGUGUUUCCUCAUUGAUAUUGUGGUAUGCAUUAAUUCCAUUUGUUACUGUUGUGCACAAAAGCCUUGUUUACAAGGGAAUGGUAAACAUUUAUACCAUUUUGUUCACUGUAUUUAGUAGUUGUAACUGUUUAAUAGUUAUUGAAUCAUGAUGUAAAGAAAUGUGACAAUAUUCAGGUAUGUGCUUUCCGAAUGUUUCAAAUUACAAUCUAUGAGCACGAUGGACACCCACAGGAGAGAAUAAACUGGCCUGUGCAAAGGUGUGUUGUGGGGUGUAACUUUGGAGGAUGACCGUCAGUUUGCGGGUUAAUAAAUGAUCACUGUGGCUCACGCGCUGUCCUACUUCCAGGGCUUUGCUGUGUGCAGAGGGCCGGCCCUGUAUGUCUGGCUCACGUGUGAUUUAGGUGUGCCAAAGCUGGGCCACAGCACCGAUGUCAAGAUUGCUUUUCAGCAUGUGACAGAUACUUACAUUUGGACACCAGACUUUGAGUUCGCUCAAAUAAUUGGGAAGAAGGACCACCUUUGAAUAAAGUGUGCAGUUUCGGUCA